GCGCAUGCGCAGUGCCGCGAGCGGAGCUCAGCUGGGCAGUGUUUACGGCCCGAGCGCGCCGGCCUUGGCUGAGCCGAGCGGAGCCGAAAAGAGCCGAACCGAACCGAACCGAACGCAGCCGAGGCGAACCGAAACGGGACGAAGCGAACGGAGCCGAGCCAUCCGUUGAGUGUUUAUAGGAGGCUGCUGAAGAUGGGAGGUGCAGUGAGUGCAGGAGAAGACAACGAUGAAUUAAUUGAUAACCUGAAGGAGGCCCAGUACAUCAGGACAGAGCUGGUGGAGCAGGCAUUCAGAGCCAUUGAUAGGGCAGAUUACUACCUGGAGGAGUUCAAAGACAAUGCCUACAAGGAUUUGGCAUGGAAGCACGGAAAUAUUCAUCUCUCAGCACCGUGCAUUUACUCAGAGGUGAUGGAAGCUUUGGACCUGCAACCAGGGCUGUCGUUUCUGAACCUUGGCAGUGGCACUGGUUAUCUGAGUUCCAUGGUGGGACUCAUCCUGGGUCCUUUUGGGGUUAACCACGGUGUGGAGCUUCACUCUGACGUGAUCGAGUACGCCAAGCAGAAAUUGGACUUUUUCAUUAAAACAAGUGACAGCUUUGACAAGUUUGAAUUUUGUGAGCCAUCCUUUGUCAUUGGCAAUUGUUUAGAGAUUUCUCCAGACUGCACUCAGUAUGACCGUGUUUACUGUGGUGCUGGAGUCCAGAAGGAGCAUGAGGACUACAUGAAGAACCUGUUGAAAGUUGGGGGAAUUCUUGUCAUGCCUCUAGAAGAGAAGUUGACUAAGAUAACUCGGACUGGUCCUUCUGCCUGGGAGACCAAGAAGAUUCUUGCUGUUUCCUUUGCUCCUUUGAUUCAGCCAAACCACACAGAUUCAGGAAAACCAAGGCUCGUUCACUUGCCGCCCGUGGCCGUCCGCAGCCUGCAGGACCUGGCUCGCAUCGCCAUCCGAGGCACCAUCAAGAAGAUCAUCCACCAGGAGGCCCUGGGCAGGGCUGGGGACGGCCUCAAGAGCCCCCCCAGGUUCAAGAGGAGGCGGCUGCGGCGCCGGCGCAUGGAGACCAUCGUGUUCCUGGACAAGGAGGUGUUCGCCAGCCGCAUCUCCAGCCCCUCCGACGACAACAACAACUGCGAGGACAUGGAGGAGGAGAGGCUGGAGGAGGAGGAGGAAUCCAAACCCUCUGAACUAAAGCCAGAGCCUCCCGUGAACUUUUUGAGAGAAAAGGUCUUGAGCCUGCCGUUGCCUGAUCCCUUGAAGUAUUACUUGCUUUAUUACAGGGAAAAGUAGUUUUUCUUCUUUUAGGAAGUGGGAAGUAGGCAGAGAAUAAAGUAUUCCUUAGGGCUUGACAAACGUGUCCCACUUGCUUGCCUGCCAGUGUGACACCCGAGGCAGUAGGCUGGCUGGGGAAUGUGGCUGCUGUAAACUUUGACAUUAUAGCUUUUUUGAGUUCUUUCUUUCUUCUCAGUUGUGUGCUAUAGUUUUAUUCUACAGCAGGGAUUCCUUAGGAAGCAAGUUGGUGAAAUGCUCAGCUGCUUAGGGAAAGGAGGAUUUAAUUCCCUUGAAACUAACUGCAGGAGAUAUCCCUGAAAAUCUCAUGGCUGCUCUACCGAAUAUCAGUUGGGAAAAACUCCUGAGCAGCUCCCCAAAGACCUUUCCUGUCUGUGCUCUCUCCCACUAAACCUGCCAUGUAUUUGCCAUGGUGUGUGUUUAAUGGAGGAUGGAGGUAAUUAGUUAAAACCUGACCUGGCAAAUCAUGUUUCUUCCAGUAAUCUGAAAAGCACAACUUCUACAGAAAGGAAAGAAUUUUUGACAUUACCCUUGUGGCAUCCAGGCUUUGAAUGAGAAGGAAAGCAUCAGCUCCCCUUUGGCUGGUCUGCUUUGCUUGUAAAUUAUAUAUAAUUUUUUAGUAAAAAGUUUUACAAAAUACUGGUUUUUUUAAGGGGAAACCCCUGUUCUAGAGAAUGAGUUGUUAGGUUUCUGUGGUUCUUUCAAAGCUAUGGAGGCAAGUGAGGAAUUGCAAAGCUGUUUAACUUUGACAGGAUGCAAGGUAGUCAGGGUUGGGACUGCUGUCUCUGAAAAUGUUUACAGAGUAAUUCUGAGAGGGGAAAAGGGUAGAGAAGAGCUGCAGGGCAGUGAGUUUGUGCAAGCUGGAAGCAGUAUCCGUGCGUUUUGCUGUCAUGUGAGAUAAUUCAGAUUGUCUGGGCUGAGCAGAGUGAGGUGCAGAGCACCAGCCUGAGCAGUAAAUCAGCCAAACAGAGUUUUGUGGGGGAUCUGCAGAACCUGAGAGCAGCCUAGGGAGCCAAACUGAUGCAGUUCUCAGGUGUUCCUGUGUGUGUGUCCCUGCUGUGGCAAGGUGGGCAGAAUUAAACAAGUGCUCCCCAGUGGAGAGGAGCUGCUCAGCUGGGUAGGUGAUUUUAUUCCUGCAGCAAUGAAGUAGAAAUGUUAACAGGUUCAGAUGGAAGGACUUGUCACUCUGCAGUUCUGUGGAUGUGAGCUGUCAUUUUUAUUCCCAGAUCUCUCUGUCAUGGUGACGGAAGGGAAUGCCAUGGAAUCAUAGGAUCACAGAAUGGGUUGGAAGGGACCUUAAAGAUCAUCUUGUUCCAACCCCCUGCCAUGUACAGGGGCACCUUCCACUAGGCCAGGUUGCUCCCAGCCCCAUCCAGCCUGGCCUUGGGUAUUUCCAGGAAUGAGGAGUCCACAGUGUCUGUGGAUGAUAAAAUACUGUGUUUAGAGGAGGUUUACUUGGUUCAGCCUGUUUGGGAAAUGUACCUGAACUGGUAAAAGGCUGGAAAGAAACUCUGGAGUUUGUGUUGAUGUGAAAUAGUCCUAAAGCUAGGGGGCAUGAAAAGCUCUCUUUCAGCAGGUUAUGAAACUGUGUUAAGGCAUUGCCCCAUCAGAAACACCUGAGUUGGUAUCACUUUGAUAUCUUUUGGUUUUUUAAUGUGUGCUGUCUCCUCAAUUUCUGAGGAGGAAUGAGUGAAGACUGUGUUGCCAAAUGGUCCUGAGUUGCACAACUUGCUUCAUGAAAAAUAGUUUCAAAGUUCUGUGUGGCUUUGAAAAUAAAUGAAUAACAUAUAUGUCUAAGCCUGAAGUGGAGAACUUUCCUUGCUUAACAGGAUUUUUGUGUCUCUUAGGGAAUAUUGACUGAUAAUCCUGUAUCAUGUGGUUGCGGGCAUGUAACACAGGCAUAGGCUGGGUUUUGCCUCUGGUUUCAUGUCUCCACUUCUGGUCUCAAUGGUACCCCAAGUUAUCUUGCUCCCUUGGAUUUUGAUGUCUUUAUUUGCAGUGGGGCAGUUCUGUGGUCACUGAGCUGAUGUUUCCUGUAAAGAUGCACAUCCCCAUCACUGGAUUCUGGCAACUCCCAUGAAUUUCUUUCUAAAAAUGUAAAUCCUGAAUAUGGUGGUAAAUAGAGGGUUUAUAGAAUCUGUGUGUAAUUAUUCUGUGCUUCCCUACAGGCUGUGGCUUCUUUAUUUUUUGGAAAAGUCUGUUUAAUGGGUGUCAUGCCAGGUAUGUGCCUUUCUGGAUUGUGGCACAAUUUCCACACCCCUCCAUAGUCCAGGAUGCCUCCUGCUCUUGGCUACCAGGUCAACCUUCAGUUUAAUCACAACAUUUUAAAGGAGUCCCUUUAAAAAUGACAUUAAACUUCAGGUUCCUGUUAGUAAGCCUUGCAGAGAUUCUGUUAAAGCUGACCAGUUGAGGGAGGAUUAUCUUUCAUUUAUCCCUUGUUUGGUUUUUAUCCCCAUCCCAGCCCCAGUUGUAAAAGGUAUUUUAUCAGAUUUUUUUUCACCAGAUUUGCCUUUUUUAUUACAUUUGCUAGAUUUUUGUAGCUUUCUAUAAGAUGCAUAAAUACUGCUAUUUUUUCCUGGAUAAGGUUGAAUAAAUAAAUAUAUAUAUAUAUACACACAGGAAAUUUAUGUUCUAGGUUGUCAUUGUCCUUUUGUCCAAAAAAACCUACAGAUCUAAACAGAUAGUAGAAAUUCUAUGUAUAAUAUAACUGUGAAAUAGUAUUGCUUAUAGCCUGUAAAUAAAGGGGAAUUGUAAAUACAUUUUCCCUGUGCACAAGCACUUGCACUGUAGUUUUGUAAGCAUUUCUAGCAGAGGGAUGGAGGCAGAGUUGGGUUUCUAUAGAUCUAUGAGCUGUCCAGGAAUUGUACCUGCUUUGUUUCUUUUUGUGUUCUCAGUAGUUGUCACUUUUUUUUGUAUGUGACUCCUUUUAGGUUUUGAUCCUGCAGCAAAUUUGCAAAGAGAGCUGAACUUCAAACUGCUUUAGUCAUGAGUGUGUAAGCUGAAAAAUCUCUGUAUAGAAACUAGAGUUCAGUUGGCCUGAGGCAUGCAGAAGUGUUAUGCAAUUUAAACUUUAUUAAUAAGUGUUUCUGUAUCAAUAAACUCAGUAAAAACUUUUUAGCCUUCUUAACAUGGCUUUGCAUUAUGUUGUGGUUAGAAUACUUUGUAGGUGAGUGCUUAUUUCCAUAAGUGGAGGUCAAGACACAAAAACAGCAGAAGAAGUGUUUAACAGUAUGGUGCAGGUGCAUAGUUUUAGAUGAACUCCUCAGAAUGUGAUGUCUCAAACCUGCCCAGAUGAUGAGUUCCAAACCUUGAGGUAAUGCAGCUGUGCAGGAUGAAUUUUGGGAUCAGCACACACAGCACUGAUGUAGAUUUAAUACGUCAGAAUGGUUAAAGAGUGGGCCUAAUUUCCUGCCUGUUUGACUAUAAACAACAGAUAUCAAAAGGUGAUUUCAUCCAUUUCUGUACUUCAAGGAGUUGCCUAAGCCAAAGGUGUCAGGAGUUUGUUCUGUGCAUUCUGAACUGCAGCUCCCCUCUUGUCCCCUGGGCUCUGCCUGGAUUGUUUAAUUAACGGGGAUUUUUGAGAGCGGGUGUUCAAGGCUUUCAUUUCUCCAGUAUUGAGAACAAUAUUUUGGUUUCAGCUGUGCUAGGAAUCUAAUCAUAAUAGCAAAUACAGCUGCUGCUAAUUAAAUGAAUCUGUUAACCUUUAUUCCAUAGGAUAAUUGCCUGUCUGUUUCUUCCUGUCAUCUGUGUGUAUGAUAAAUGUCCUUUUCCCAGCUAUAACAGGAGAUUAGUUCAACGUUAAUGUUUUCCUUCACGUGGUGUGUGCUGAAAGAAAAUCCUUUUCCGCUUUGCAAAGCCAUGGAUGUGUCAUACAAAUGGUAUCGAUGAAAUUAAAUUUGUCAGAUGAUG